AUGUCCUUGCUUAAAGGGCUGAGUUUAUUGCAAAAUGGAAAAGCGCCUCAGUUUUUGGAAGAGAAGAUAACAAAUGAAAUCUUUCGCGAUAUAUCACCUGCCAGUGUUAGUCCAUGUCUUGUGAAAUUAAGAGAAGGUUUGGAUGAACUUGGGAUUUAUCAGCUCAGUCAAGAAGUACCAGAUUUUAUUCAUCUUUUUCAACCUAACCAAAGUAGUAUAUUGACUCAAAGGAAAUUGAUUUUACUUCUAAAACCUCAGUUCAGCCCAGAAGGGUCAAAUGCCAGAAUGUUGGAGAGUAAUGUUUGUGCACUCUUCAUGAUAUACAUAAGGGAAACUGCAAGGGGUAAAAGAGGUAAUAUCACUGUAUCCGAUAUUUUGCGGUUUGCAACAGGAGCUGAUGAAGAGCCUAUAUUAGGAUUCAUGAUGGACCCAUCAAUAGAGUUUGUGAAAGUGGACAAUUCCUUUUUGCCUACUGCCAAUACAUGUAUAAAUUCUAUGAAGUUACCAAGAAGCACUCUUACUCAAGAACUUCCACCAAUGGAUGCUCUAUUCAAUUUGUAUGAUUAUGCUUUCUCAAAUUCUGUUUUUGGUAUAAUUUAA